AUGGGCAAGCAGACGGCGGUGGUCGUGCGUCAAUACAACAAGGAUAACCCACCCGAAGCUCUCGAUGUCGUGACAAAGGACAUUCCGGAGCCCAAAGCAGGCAUGGGCGUCAUUGAGAAGCUCGGGCCACAGCCAUCAAAGCUCCCAACAGAGACAGCCAGGCAGAAACUCAAGGAAGGGCAGCGCGUGGUCGCAGUGCCCUGGCCAUCCACAGAGGGCGAAGGCACAUGGCAGCAGUAUGUCGCUGUGCCUCUCGAGAACCUGGUGCCAGUGAGGGAUGAGGUGUCGAAUGAGGACGCCUCUCAGUACCUUGUCAACCCUGUGACAGCUCUGGGAUUCCUGGAAGACCUGAAAAUCCCCAAGGGCAAGUAUCUGCUGCAGAAUGCUGCCAACAGUGUCUUGGGAAAGGAAGUCAUCUCACUGGCAAAGAAGCAAGGCAUCAAGACCAUCAAUGUGGUGCGGCGGAAUGAGGUCAUCAAUGAGCUGAAGGAGCUUGGGGCGGAUGAGGUCAUCAACAGCAAGACAGAUGACAUCGUGGCCAGGGUGAAAGAGAUCACAGGCGUCUACGUCCCUGUUGUGGACCUCCUGUGGCGCGACAUAACUGUUCGCGGUUUCUGGCUGAACGUGUGGCUGGGCCGUCUGCCCAAGGAUGUCAAGGAGCAGAAGCUGCAGGAGGUCAUGGACCUCAUGGCAGAUGGCACCAUCAAGCCUCCACCUGCCCGUGCAAAAUACCCGCUCAAGGAGGUGAAGAAGGCACUGGAGGAUGCCAUGAGCAAGUCAGGCAGUGCUGGGAAGGUGCUGCUGGAAGGUUGA